AUGCGGACAGGCGGGCGGCGCGGCGCGCUGGCUGGCGGGCGGCGCGGCGCGCUGGCUGGCGGGCGGGCGGCGCGGUGCUGGCGUGGCGCGCUGACGUGCGCGCCGGCGUGGUGCGCUGGCGUGCGCAGCGGCGUGGCGCACUGGCAUGCGCGCUUGCGAGCGCGCUGGCGUGACGCGCUGGCGGGAGCGCUGGCUGACGCGCUGGCGGGAGCGUUGGCGUGCGCGCUGGUGGGGCGCGCUGGCGUGCGUGCUGGUGCGUUUAUAGGCGCGGCGUUCUUAGGGCAGUUAGCCACGAUAGGACCCACCUACACGGGAGUGAGUGUGGCAAAACCUUCACUCUCCCCCCUCCUCGCCUACCCCCCUCCCCUACAGGCGUUCAUAGGCCUACUGGGCACAGAGGGGCUCACGUACACGGGGUUAAUCGUCGCAAACCCUUCACUCCCCCCCCCUCAUCCCCUCUCUUCCCCCUCCACAUGCGCGCAGGCGUUCAUCGGCCUAUGA